UAAGUUUUCAUCACCGAGGACAGAGUGGGCAGCACUGCAGCAUGGAGCCUUACACGGUCCCCGGAGCUCAGCUCUCCCUGUCCGACCUUUACUCCGUCAUCCCCUUCAAUGUCACCCUCCCGGCUGAUGAGAGCGACUUAAUGAGCGACAGGCUGCAGAACUACACCGAGCAGCAGAAUCCGGCGAGGAGCGCCGGGGGUAUAAUCAUAGCCAUAUCCAUCACGGCGCUCUACUCCGUUAUUUGCGUGGUGGGACUUCUCGGCAACGUCCUUGUCAUGUACGGAGUGGUCAGAUACACCAAGAUGAACACUGCCACAAAUAUCUACAUCUUCAAUCUAGCUCUUGCCGAUGCCUUGGCCACCAGCACGCUGCCCUUCCAGAGCGCCAAAUACCUCAUGAACACCUGGCCAUUUGGGGAUGUCCUCUGCAAGCUCAUUAUUGCCAUCGACUACUACAACAUGUUCACAAGUAUCUUCACCCUCACAAUGAUGAGUGUAGAUCGCUACAUCGCCGUGUGCCACCCAGUCAGGGCGCUGGAGUUUCGGACGCCUGUCAAGGCCAAGUUGAUCAACAUACUCAUCUGGGUCCUGUCCUCGGCAAUUGGUGUGCCUGUCAUGAUCAUGGCUGUGACCAAAGUGGCAGACAAUGGUAAAACCACUUGCAUGUUAAAGUUUCCUGAGCCUGACUGGUAUUGGGACACGGUGACAAAGAUCUGCGUCUUCAUCUUUGCUUUUGUGGUCCCUGUGAUGGUCAUCACCAUAUGCUAUGGUCUGAUGAUCCUGCGUCUGAGGAGUGUUCGUCUGCUCUCAGGCUCCAAGGAGAAAGACCGCAACAUGCGCCGCAUUACCCGCAUGGUCCUGGUGGUGGUGGCGGCCUUUAUCAUCUGCUGGACCCCCAUUCACAUAUUCAUCAUUGUGAAGACCAUGAUAGAAAUUGACAGCAGGAAUCCCUUUGUGAUAGCUAGCUGGCAUCUGUGCAUCGCUUUGGGGUAUACCAACAGUAGCCUCAAUCCUGUCCUCUAUGCAUUUCUGGAUGAAAAUUUCAAGCGAUGCUUCAGGGAUUUCUGCCUCCCCUGUCGGACCCGUGUGGAGCAAAACAGUCUGACCAGAGGCCACAACACCACCAGGGAGCCAGUGUCCAUCUGUGCUCCAACAGAAGCAGGAAAGAAGCCGGCAUGA